UCUCCGUACGGCCAACUCGAUUGCCACCCACUCUACACUACAGUGUUCGGAGCUCCUUUCGCUAUUAAUCAGUCAUUUAAAAAAUGAAUAUCGGCUUUCAUUCUUAGUUCUCAUAACUACCACCCUGCUUCAACAGAGCAUCUCCACAGCCAACCCUCCCGAAAUUACUGGAUCUGACAUUUCCAUCAGCCCGAGAAGUUGAACGUUGCGGGCGCCCCGGGAGAAUACAAAACCUCCACAGAAAGGAAUUCGGGCCAGUGAACCCUUUUGUGGUGCCUAUUACCAUGAAGGUCUUUUCUUCAACAUGUACCUUCGAUUAUUCAUGGGAAGAAGUUUCAACGGCGAACUGGCGUAAAUAUUGUCCCUGGAACGACAAAUCUCCCCAUGUCGUGGCGGUAGAUACCCUAUCAAGAAGCGUUGAUUCAACCACUGGUAUUCUGCGUACGGAGCGCCUUAUCACCUGCGAUCAAUCCGUUCCACAAUGGGUCCUCUCGCUUUUUGGUGGCAGCGCUACCUCCCAUGUCUAUGAGAUAUCCUAUGUCGAUCCAAUUUCGAAAAAGGUCACGAUGUGCUCUUCCAACCUUACGUGGUCCAACGUUUUGAACGUUCGUGAGACCGUUACCUAUCAACCAACGUCAGCAGAACCGACCUCAACCACCAGCUUCAACCAAGAGGCAAAGAUAACUGCACUAUGCGGUGGCUGGCAGAAGAUCAAGAACAAAGUCGAGGAGGCGAGUGUCGAGAGGUUUAGUCAAAAUGCGAAGAGGGGGCGGGAAGGAUUCGAGGCUGUUCUCGAAAUGAGCCGGCGAGUUUUUGGUGAACAGCGUGAACGAGAGCAGCAACUACAGCCCUGACCUGUCUCGGCUCUUUGUACCUUGACUCUGACGGUGUUUGCGGGCAACAGGACUUGUUUUUCUUGAGCAUCAUCACUCCAAGCGGUUGCAUUUAUUGGCGUUAGUCUGACAUAUUUUGAAGCGUUUGGUGCGACUUGGCGUUUGUCAUACUUUCUUGACAGAACUCUCUAGAGUCUUUUGAUAUUGGCCCUUUUGUUACUGCUGUACUAUUAAGUUUAUCAUUUCGCUUUCAAUGAAGCAUGUGCUCCAUCACCAGUUCAAACAUUUCUGCACCGUGGUGAGUGAGUAUCUUGUUCCCUUAUUUCCUCAUGUCUACAUGGAAGUGUUUUAGACCAAGUCCACCCUCCCCUCAUCCCUUCAGCC